AUGUCAACACAUGAUGGUGGUGAACUCUAUCACCAGCUUCCAUCAGAAAUCAUAAUGGAAAUUUUGUCCUAUUUAGAAUUUGAAGCCAAGUUGUGCAGUAGAAAAUCUUCAACAUUUUUCAAGUAUUAUUUUGGAAGAUUUCCAACAGGAAAUAUUUGCUUCUUAUUCAAGAAUUUGUGUUGGGACCAAACGAGGGUGGAAGAAUCAUUUGAAAGACAAGUGAUAAAUAUUGAACUUUGUGCCAAUGAUGGAAAGAGAAUUGACUUGAUAGAAGGUGAAAAAUCAAAUAUUUUGAAACCAAACCUCCAGAAACAUAAUACUAAAGAAAAAGUAAUUGAAAAUUUGGAAAGAACAUUCAAAAAUGUGGAUACAGAUUUGGUUAAAUCAAUUCAGUUAUCUAGUGACUAUCUUCCAGAAUAUGUUUCUCAAUGGGCAUUGAAAAAAUUUCCAAGUUUGGAAAAUAUUUAUAUUAGAUGUGAUUAUUAUUCUAAUAGUGAUUAUGGUCUCUCCAGCUUGGCUUCUUUAAUUGCACAGUGUAGAAAUUUGAAGAAAUUGACAUUGGAUUGUAUUGAUUCAAGCUCAUUAAUUGAACAUUUUAUUGAAAUAUCAAAAAACACUCCUCAAUUAGAAUAUUUCAAAAACAAGUCAUUAACAUCAAUUUUUACAGCGCCAGAAAUAUUUGAAAAUUGGAAGAAUCUUAAAGAGAUAUAUUCCGUUAUUUAUCUAAUAAGAGGUGAAAUUACAGAAGAUCCAACAAGUGAGCAAGUUGUUGAAUCAUUUGCAGCCAUAAAUAAGUUGAAACAUUUAGAGAAGAUUACUUUGCAUGGAGAACGAAUUGAAGGAUUUGGAGUACCAUUUUGCGAGAAUGUCAAAACAUUGAGAUUAAGCUUGUCAUAUGCUGAUUUUUCUGAUUAUUUGAUGGAUUCAAUUUCCAAAAAUAGUCAAUUGAAAGAGCUUUCAUUUGAGGAUGGUGGAUAUGGGGAAAAUCUCGCUAGGUUGAACCCUGAAACGUUUAAACAAUUGGAAACCUUUAAAAUGUUUAGUAUUACCAAUGAAUUAGCAGAACAUUUCUCUAAAUUCGAGUCCAUUAAGGAACUCUCCAUCAAAUAUGCUGAAAUAGACCAGUUUGGAUUGGAAUCUUUAUUGAAAUUACCAAAAUUAGAAAAACUAAUUUAUUCGAAGGGGUUCAACAAACCUGAAUUAGAUUUACCACAAAACAUGAAGAUAGUUUUUGAAAAACUACAAUAUUAG